AUGGAAAAGAGAAUGUCAGAAAAAACGAACCACAUGAACUUUUAUAUUCAAAAUGAAUUUAAAACCAUGUUGAUAUUGAUUGAUUUAAAUACAAAACGAGAUUUUAUAACUGCAGCAAGAAAAAGUUCAUUAGACUCCCAACAGUUUCUUUCCGUUCCUUUCUUGAUCGAUCCUAUCAAGAACAUCUCACCACUUAACAACGAAACUUUUACACAAAAAUUUCAGAGACCUUUCAAGGUCUGA